ACAGAGCAACGUUAUGCCAUGGAAAGACUUGAAAGCCGAGGCUGCCACUAGCGCCGAUUUCUCCUCGGAAUCAGUGUCUUCUGAUGACAGUGUUGACACCGAAGAUUUCUCAUUGAAGGAUAUGCUCCGCCAAAUGUCACAGAAAGAUCUCAAGACCGCAGCUGCCACUAGCAAUGAAUUCUCCUCGGAAUCAAUGUCUUCUGACGACAGUGCUGACAUCAAAGAUUCAUUAGUGAAAGACAUGCUCAGCAAAUUGUCGUCUUCUGAUGACAGUGUUGACACCGAAGGUUUCUCAUUGAAGGAUAUGCUCCGCCAAAUGUCACAGAAAGAUCUCAAGACCGAGGCUGCCACUAGCAUUGAUUUCUCCUCGGAAUCAAUGUCUUCUGACGACAGUGUUGACAUCAAGGAUUUGUCAUUGAAAGAUGUGCUCAGUGAAUUGCCGCAAGAUUUGAGGGAAAAACUUGCUCCUAGCGGUGAUUUCUCCUUGGAAUCAAUGUCUUCUGACGAUAGUGCUGACAUCAAGGAUUCGUCAUUGGACUCUGUAUUGGAUGAGGACAAUACAAAUUUGGAUGCCUCCACGAUGGCUCAAAUCAAGCAGUUGCUACAGAGGAACGUUAUGCCAUGGAAAGACUUGAAAGCCGAGGCUGCCACUAGCGCCGAUUUCUCCUCGGAAUCAGUGUCUUCUGAUGACCGUGUUGACACCGAAGGUUUCUCAUUGAAGGAUAUGCUCCGCCAAAUGUCACAGAAAGAUCUCAAGACCGAGGCUGCCACUAGCAUUGAUUUCUCCUCGGAAUCAAAGUCUUCUGACGACAGUGUUGACAUCAAGGAUUUGUCAUGGAAAGAUGUGCUCAGUGUAUUGCCGCAAGAUUUGAGGGAAAAACUUGCUCCUAGCGGUGAUUUCUCCUUGGAAUCAAUGUCUUCUGACGACAGUGCUGACAUCAAGGAUUUGUCAUUGGACUCUGUAUUGGAUGAGGACAAUACAAAUUUGGAUGCCUCCACGAUGGCUCAAAUCAAGCAUUUGCUACAGAGGAACGUUAUGCCAUGGAAAGACUUGAAAGCCGAGGCUGCCACUAGCGCCGAUUUCUCCUCGGAAUCAUUGUCUUCUGAUGACACUGUUGACACCGAAGGUUUCUCAUUGAAGGAUAUGCUCCGCCAAAUGUCACAGAAAGAUCUCAAGACCCAGGCUGCCACUAGCAUUGAUUUCUCCUCGGAAUCAAAGUCUUCUGACGACAGUGUUGACAUCAAGGAUUUGUCAUGGAAAGAUGUGCUCAGUGUAUUGCCGCAAGAUUUGAGGGAAAAACUUGCUCCUAGCGGUGAUUUCUCCUUGGAAUCAAUGUCUUCUGACGACAGUGCUGACAUCAAGGAUUUGUCAUUGGACUCUGUAUUGGAUGAGGACAAUACAAAUUUGGAUGCCUCCACGAUGGCUCAAAUCAAGCAGUUGCUACAGAGGAACGUUAUGCCAUGGAAAGACUUGAAAGCCGAGGCUGCCACUAGCGCCGAUUUCUCCUCGGAAUCAGUGUCUUCUGAUGACACUGUUGACACCGAAGGUUUCUCAUUGAAGGAUAUGCUCCGCCAAAUGUCACAGAAAGAUCUCAAGACCGAGGCUGCCACUAGCAUUGAUUUCUCCUCGGAAUCAAAGUCUUCUGACGACAGUGUUGACAUCAAGGAUUUGUCAUGGAAAGAUGUGCUCAGUGAAUUGCCGCAAGAUUUGAGGGAAAAACUUGCUCCUAGCCGUGAUUUCUCCUUGGAAUCAAUGUCUUCUGACGACAGUGCUGACAUCAAGGAUUCGCCAGUGGACUCUAUAUUGGAUGAGGACAAUACUAAUUUGGAUGCCUCCACGAUGGCUCAAAUCAAGCAGUUGCUACAGAGGAACGUUAUGCCAUGGAAAGACUUGAAAGCCGAGGCUGCCACUAGCGCCGAUUUCUCCUCGGAAUCAGUGUCUUCUGAUGACAGUGUUGACACCGAAGAUUUCUCAUUGAAGGAUAUGCUCCGCCAAAUGUCACAGAAAGAUCUCGAGACCGCAGCUGCCACUAGCAAUGAUUUCUCCUCGGAAUCAAUGUCUUCUGAUGACAGUGUUGACAUCAAGGAUGUGCUCAGUGAAUUGCUGCAAUAUUUGAGGGAAAAACUUGCUCCUAGCGGUGAUUUCUCCUUGGAAUCAAUGUCUUCUGAUGACAGUGCUGACAUCAAGGAUUCGUCAUUGGACUCUGUAUUGGAUGAGGACAAUACUAAUUUGGAUGCCUCCACGAUGGCUCAAAUCAAGCAGUUGCUACAGAGGAACGUUAUGCCAUGGAAAGACUUGAAAGCCAAGGCUGCCACUAGCGCCGAUUUCUCCUCGGAAUCAGUGUCUUCUGAUGACAGUGUUGACACCGAAGAUUUCUCAUUGAAGGAUAUGCUCCGCCAAAUGUCACAGAAAGAUCUCAAGACCGAGGCUGCCACUAGCAUUGAUUUCUCCUCGGAAUCAAAGUCUUCUGACGACAGUGUUGACAUCAAGGAUUUGUCAUGGAAAGAUGUGCUCAGUGAAUUGCCGCAAGAUUUGAGGGAAAAACUUGCUCCUAGCGGUGAUUUCUCCUUGGAAUCAAUGUCUUCUGACGACAGUGCUGACAUCAAGGAUUCGCCAGUGGACUCUAUAUUGGAUGAGGACAAUACUAAUUUGGAUGCCUCCACGAUGGCUCAAAUCAAGCAGUUGCUACAGAGGAACGUUAUGCCCUGGAAAGACUUGAAAGCCGAGGCUGCCACUAGCGCCGAUUUCUCCUCGGAAUCAGUGUCUUCUGAUGACACUGUUGACACCGAAGAUUUCUCAUUGAAGGAUAUGCUCCGCCAAAUGUCACAGAAAGAUCUCAAGACCGCGGCUGCAACUAGCAAUGAAUUCUCCUCGGAAUCAAUGUCUUCUGAUGACAGUGUUGACAUCAAGGAUUUGUCAUUGAAGGAUGUGCUCAGUGAAUUGCUGCAAUAUUUGAGGGAAAAACUUGCUCCUAGCGGUGAUUUCUCCUUGGAAUCAAUGUCUUCUGACGACAGUGCUGACAUCAAGGAUUCGCCAGUGGACUCUGUAUUGGAUGAGGACAAUACUAAUUUAGAUGCCUCCAUGAUGGCUCAAAUCAAGCAAUUGCUACAGAGCAACGUUAUGCCAUGGAAAGACUUGAAAGCCGAGGCUGCCGCUAGCGCCGAUUUCUCUUCGGAAUCAAUGGCUUCUGAUGACAGUGUUGACACCGAAGAUUUGUCGUUGACCGAUAUGCUCCGCCAAUUGCCGCAGAAAGAUUUGAUGAGGUCUUUUGGCACUUCUUCAGAUUCAGCCUCUGAGUCAAUGUCUUCUGAUGACAGUGUUGACACCGAAGAUUUGUCAUUGAAAGAUAUGCUCCGCCAAUUUUCACAGAAAGAUUCGAUGAGGUCUUUUGGCACUUCUUCAGAUUCAGCCUCUGAGUCAAUGUCUUCUGAUGACAGUGUUGACACCGAAGAUUUGUCAUUGAAAGAUAUGCUCCGCCAAUUUUCACAGAAAGAUUCGAUGAGGUCUUUUGGCACUUCUUCAGAUUCAGCCUCUGAGUCAAUGUCUUCUGAUGACAGUGCUGACAACUAUUUCUCUAUGGAGCCUCACAAGUCUGUGUCUUCUGACGACGGGGCUGAGACGAGAGCUAUCAACAGCGCUGCUUUCCCCGUGGACUCUAUGCCAGCUGAUGACAAUACUAAAUCGGAUUCUUCCACGAUGGCGAUGGCGCAAAUCAGCCAAAUGCUGCAGAAUAACAUUAUGUCACGGAAGGGUUUGAUGGACACGGCUGCCACUAGCGAUGGUUUCCCCUCGGAGUCAACGUCUUCUGACGACAGUGCCGACGGCAAAGAUUUUUCAUUGGACGAUAUGCUCAGUCAAUUGCCACGAAAGGAUUUGAUGAGCGCCUUUGGCACCAGUGACAGCUUCUCCCCGGAAUCAUCAAAGUCCUCUGAUGACAGUACUGACGGCGAAGCUUUCGCAUUGGACGACGUUCUCAGUGAACUGCCUCAGAGAAACAUUAUGCCAGCGUACAUGGACAAGAGUGAAAUGUUGCGCAAGUUAGAUGCCUUCAUGGGUGAGAACAACAACACUGCAAUGGGAUCGCAAGAGGAGGCCUCGCCCGCCGGAAGCCCGAUCCCCGAGCCGCAGGCGUUGAAGACGGCGAUAGCAACCGUCGUCGACCAGGUCGUUGCCCAGCUCAACAAGACCAUUGGAGCCAUGACAGCAAAUCUGGCCCGGGUGUUUGCCGACCUCCGCGCCAGUCUCCCCGGACAGCAACAAACUCAUGCCACCGAUGCGCCCUCCGACCCGGUUACACGGUUGACGUCCAUGAGGGGAUUGCCCCAGUACACGCCAGAGGCGAAAACUGUAGAGAAGACCGGCGGAGAGGACACGUGGCGGCUUCUUCACUUUCUCGAGAACCUCCACAUUGGUCGCAAAUCUGGUCGACUCUCGAGCCCAAUUUCAGAUCAGCUGAAAAAGCAGGAUACCGGUUCGGAUUCGUCGACUGCUGCGGCUGCCACGACAACCACUGCGACCAUUUCUCGCCGCACCUCCUCCCAAGGUGCUGAUCCUGAGCACUUGCAGGCCACAACGAACUGUUCACGCUCCUUGUGCAGCAAUAAUGGAAAGUGCGUAGUUGACAUGAGCGCUGAAUACGGCUUCUUCUGCAUCUGUAAUGCCGACUACACUGGAACGCAAUGCCAGUCUGUCUACAGAGCAGCAGCAGCAGCAGGUACAGGUGUGAGCAGCGCAUUGAGUGCCAGCAUCAUUGCCCCGGUGGUCAUCCUGUCGGUAAUUCUCGUCUUUGCACUCGGCUUCUUCAUCUAUCACCGCCUGAUGCACAGGAAGAUCAACAAGUACAGUGCUGGCUACCCAGCGAACAGCGGCGAUCACCUGGAGCGCCUGUCCGUGGUCGGCUUCGCCACGCUGGAGGGGCUCAAGCACACCUUCCCGGACGACGACGAGCGCUCGGCGAUCACCAUGGUAACCGAGAACGGCAUGCUGACAACGAUGCCGCCGCCGGGAGCCAACCUGCAUCGCCGCCCGUCCGGAAUGGCCGGUAUCGCGCGACAGGUGCUCGGCGAAGAUCCCAGCUACGUGUUCGACCCUGUGCCGAUGACGUCAUCGCAGAGUACGUGCAACACGCACAUGCUGCUGAUGGGCGCGGCGAACGUCAUCACGGAGCUCACCGGCCGAAUCAUCGUCACCCGCCCGAACUCCAUCGUCAUCUCGCCCAGGUCGCCGUCGAAGCACGACACGCCCAUGAUGACGUCAUCGCCCAGGGGGAGCUGGCGCAGUCGCGACUCGUCGCCAGUGGAUGCCGCGGGCCAGCCAAGGGUGCAGCGCAGCCGCAGUCUGUUCUCCGCCGGCGAUGUGUUCAUUGGCGAACCCAGUUCGGACGCCGGCGCCGUGGACCGGAGGUCUUCAAGCUCCUCCAUUGCACACGCCGUGUCUCGUGACCAACGGUCUGCUAGCUACACUACAGUCUUGUCUGAGGACCAGUGCUCUCCCAGCUACAAAACAGUAGUGUCGCUGGAUCAGCGUUCUGCUAGCUGCACCACGAUGCUGUCUGGUGCGCAAGAGGAACCCAAAGAUCAGGAUCAGCCUCGCAGUCCGCUCUCCAGGACGUUUCAACUGCUGCAGUCGGCCUUGCCGCGAAUGGGCCGCUCGCUGUCGCCAAGCCCGCGUAAGCGUGCGCACACCAGUGACGACGCAUUGGACGGAGGGCUCGGCAGCGUUGCCAAUGACAACAACGACGACAAAACCAGCGCCGCUCCGAAGAGGUCCAGCGCACCCGUCUCUCCCGUCAAAACCCUGUCGUCACCGCAGCUGGUGCUUACCACGUCGAAGCCGGAGCUACCCCGGAUUCACUAUCGGUGUCCCAGCCAGGAGGACACCAGUCCGGCCGGCGGCCCUCAGUUGAACACCCAGAUCAAGUACAGCUUCAGAGACAGCACAACCCCAGCAGCCAACACCACCACUGGCAGGACAAACGCUCAACAAUCGCCACCGAGUAACAGUGUUAAUAACAACUUCAGCUUCGGUGACAGAACCGCCAACACACUAGCCAGCUUGCCCACCGGCAGCAGAACAGCCACUGUUAUGCCGCCACCCGGCGAGAACAACUACAAGUUCAGGGACAGGACCGCCACCUUCACCGCCACCGGCGCCAAAACGAGCAGGACGGGCAUUCAGCCGCCACCCAACAGUUUCGUCAGCGCGUCCGAGCCGGGCGCCAGAAAGUCUUCGCUGCAAGUACGCCGAGCGCCUGGAUCGCGCUCCUCGUCGCUGACGCCGGAGACGCGCAUUACCGGCCGCUAUAACGCGUACAGGUAUGACAGCGACGAGGAUUCGGCGGCCAACGCCUACUGUGACAUGCUGCACUUCAAGGCGUCGCCCUCACUGUCAAUGUCCGCCUCGUCGUCGUCGUCGUCCGACUCCGGAUCCCCAUCACCUCCGUUCGCGCUUCACCGCAGGACCACCCACCGGGAGCAUUGCAAACAGCCACCGCAGCAGGAUCACCGGUCUCGCCGCACCGUUCCCGGCCACAAGGAGCCGCUCUUCACGAUAUCUCAACCAGUGGAGACCCCGGGCAACAGGAGAUCGCGGAGCUCGUCGCCAAAGUCCAGGCAGCGCUGCUACACAUCUGCCGCGGCUGCUGCAGCGAAGCCGUGCAGUGGCGCUUGGCCGAACCCGACCGUCAGUGAGGCUAUCGAGCAGUACUGGAGGCCACGCAGCUAUACAAAUAGCGCCACGCAGGCCCCGUACCAGGGCAGUCUGGGCAACAUGGACGCAGCCGCCAUCAGUGCGCUCAUCAAGAACAAGCUGACGUAAACAACGCCAUCUCUGCCUGUCUGCUGGUGAUGAUGAUGGUGAUGAUUAUGAUGAUGAUGUCACUCUCCUAGUAAUCUCACCGGUGAUGAUGUCACAGGCCGAUGAUGUCACAGGCCGAUGAUGUCACCAUGGACGACGUCAGUCACAGCAAUGUCGCUCUCCAGGAUCCAGUGUCACUCUUCGCUGUUCCGUAAAUAACCCCCUGCCUCUCUCUCUCUUUCUCUCUCUCUCUCUCUUUCUCUCUCUCUCUCUCUCUCUCUCUCUCUCUCUCUCCUAAGGUAGCGUGUUUCAAUGAAUAAUACUUCCCUGGCGAUAAUAGUGCUUCCCACGUGCUUGCACUGCACACAAUAACUUUUUAAUUAAUGCCAUUCAAAUCCCGUAAUGAUCCCGUUUUUCUCCGUGACCUUCUCGACACCGUGUCCUACAUCAUCGACCCCGGCUGCAGGCUGUGCUAGUACGCUGAUCACACGGCGCGUGCAUCCUCUCAGAGUCGCUGUAAGGCUGGCUGUAGAGUGUAGUGCAAGCGACUGAAGAGAUCAUGACAUUGGACUCUGCACAUGCCAUUACCACCAUUGCCGUGUAUACCGCUGGUCAGCAUCAGUAGUCUGCAGCUGCAGGUCUAUUAUACCGUUCCGAUCCCACUACUUGAUAGUCUGACAUGCACACACACACACACACACACACACACACACACACACACACACACACACACACACACACACACACACACACACACACACACACACACACACACACAC